AUGAAUGGCACCCUUCGUGGCCUGCCGACCCUUAGCGACGUUCAUAUUCCACCACUUCGCAACCCUGGCUCAGGCUCAGGCUCUAGGAACGCUAGAGGACUGCUUCCUCUCGAGCUUGUCGAUUACAACCAUCUGAACGACCAUGAUCAGACGAAUCUAUUGUCCGUGCACAACGAUGAGAACUCAGGAAGUAGGUUGACUCGAUCUGCACCACUCGAAUCCCCUUCGAGCCAGGCCAAAAAGCCACACCUCGCCAUCAGCGAAUUGGUCGAUGCGCCGUCCGAACACGAUAACACUCAGGUACAACUGCCAUCGUUUGUGAGCCUCUCUGUGGUGGAGAAGUCACCUACGCCUGCGCAAUUGAACAUCAACGGCCAUGAGUACCCUCACAAGAGACCUCGUCUGGAGGCAGAGACGGACAGGAACAGGCUGCUGCCUCGACCAAUACAGAAAGAUGACAAGCAAGGCCUACCACUCCUACCGGCUAUGGUAACAGGUCUACACGAGCCACCUCCUUCUGCCGCCCUCCUUCCAUCGAUGGAUCCCGAUGCACGGCCUUCAUUGCAGAGAACCUCGACUUCCAAGAUGCAGGUACGGGAUAUGCUUCAGAAGCCGGAGAAAUCUAGCAACAACAGACCACCUGAGCAAAUGCUCAAUACUCCAGAGUUGAUGACCGCAGAGCUGCCCAAAUCGAAUGAGCUGGACGAAGCUGUUGCUGAUGCAGAUACCCCCUCAACCACAGCAUCCUUGACACACACAGCACAGCUACCGAAGAAAGACACCAAGGUUCGCCGAACCCGGCGGAAGUGGUCGGAGCCUGAGACGUCAGAUCUACUAGCUGGUGUAAAGAAGCACGGGUUCGGGAAAUGGAAGCAGAUACUGAACGAUCCUGCAUACACCUUUGUCGACCGCACGUCUAUUGACCUCAAAGACCGCUUUCGUGUCUUUGCUAAAGACUAUCCCGACGGCCAGUCUGAAGCUGCCACUUCGGAGGACGCUCUAGCAGAAAACUCAGAGGUCGGCGUUGAUUCUGCCUCGGGCAGGUCCGCGAGUAUCAGUAUGCCUGUGAAUCGUCAACGACGGAAGCGCCAUCCUUGGACUAAGGAAGAAGACUCUGCCUUGUUGCUAGGUGUUCGGAAGUACGGCUUUCAAUGGACAGACAUCCAUAAUGAUCAUGACCUGGAUCUCAAUCAUAGAAGAGCUACUGACCUUCGUGAUCGAAUCCGCAACCUCUACCCGGACGGCUACAAGCACGCUGAAGCUCGACCACUUCGCGCAGAGGUCAAGAAGCAGGAGAAGGCAGGCAAAAAGGAAACUCCUGCCGGCACUCUGUAUGCUCCACCUAGCCAGAUGGAUUCCAUUACCUUUCCGUCGAGCGCAAAUAGCGCAGGCGUAGGUCCUGCCACCGAGAACGACUCUACCUCGCCUGCUCAUACCGCAGAGCGGAGGCAGACCACGUCCGGCAAAUUCCCGUCGAUCGCUCAAUUGACCACACAGACAGAAGAGAACGACUCCGUAACUACCACAAGACCAUUACCUCGACGCAGCAAGAUCGUUGCAGACAUAGAGUCAAACGGUAUUACUUUGCCAUCACUCGCACUGAACGAGACGAGCGCGAACGAAGAGUGGGACAAUACAUUGCCGCCCUUUGUUAACUGGGAACACGAUAUCUAG